AUGCAAUCUUUAGGGGUCUCUGGAAAUAGAAAGGUUAUGCAGUCUGGAACCUGUGAGCCUUUUCAAUCUCUAAGUCAUCAGAGAAAUGAUGAAGAGGCAGUUGUGGAUAGAGGUGGAACUCGUUCUAUUCUCAAAACACACUUUGAAAAAGAAGAUUUAGAAGGUCAUCGGACACUAUUUAUUGGAGUUCACGUGCCCCUGGGAGGAAGAAAAAGCCAUCGACGUCACAGGCAUCGUGGUCAUAAACACAGAAAGAGAGACAGAGAGAGAGAUUCGGGACUAGAGGAUGGCAGGGAGUCACCUUCCUUUGACACCCCAUCACAGCGGGUACAGUUUAUUCUUGGAACUGAGGAUGAUGAUGAGGAACACAUUCCUCAUGACCUUUUUACGGAACUGGAUGAGAUUUGCUGGCGUGAAGGUGAGGAUGCUGAAUGGCGAGAAACAGCCAGGUGGUUGAAGUUUGAAGAAGAUGUGGAAGAUGGAGGGGAAAGGUGGAGCAAGCCUUAUGUGGCUACUCUUUCACUGCACAGCUUGUUUGAGUUGAGAAGUUGUAUUCUGAAUGGAACUGUGUUACUGGACAUGCAUGCCAACACUUUAGAAGAAAUUGCAGAUAUGGUCCUUGAUCAACAAGUGAGCUCAGGUCAGCUCAAUGAUGAUGUACGCCACAGGGUCCAUGAGGCACUGAUGAAACAGCAUCACCACCAGAAUCAGAAAAAACUCACCAAUAGGAUUCCCAUUGUUCGUUCCUUUGCUGAUAUUGGCAAGAAACAAUCAGAACCAAAUUCCAUGGAUAAAAAUGCAGGUCAGGUUGUUUCUCCUCAGUCGGCUCCAGCCUGUGUUGAGAAUAAGAAUGAUGUGAGCAGGGAAAACAGCACUGUUGACUUUAGCAAGGGGCUGGGAGGCCAACAAAAGGGGCAUGCUAGUCCAUGUGGGAUGAAACAAAGGCACGAAAAAGGACCUCCACACCAGCAAGAGAGAGAGGUUGAUCUGCAUUUUAUGAAGAAGAUUCCUCCAGGUGCUGAAGCUUCAAACAUCUUAGUUGGGGAAUUGGAGUUUUUGGAUCGAACUGUAGUUGCGUUUGUCAGGUUGUCUCCAGCUGUAUUGCUUCAAGGACUGGCUGAAGUCCCAAUCCCAACCAGAUUUUUGUUCAUUCUUCUGGGACCCCUGGGAAAGGGGCAACAGUACCAUGAGAUUGGCAGAUCCAUUGCAACCCUAAUGACAGAUGAGGUAUUUCAUGAUGUUGCUUACAAAGCUAAAGAUCGUAACGACUUGGUAUCAGGAAUUGAUGAAUUUCUGGAUCAGGUUACUGUUCUCCCUCCUGGAGAAUGGGAUCCAAGCAUUCGAAUAGAGCCUCCCAAAAAUGUUCCUUCCCAGGAGAAGAGAAAGAUUCCUGCUGUACCAAAUGGAACAGCAGCUCAUGGGGAAGCCGAGCCCCACGGCGGACAUAGUGGACCUGAACUCCAGCGAACUGGAAGGAUUUUUGGGGGACUUAUUUUAGAUAUCAAAAGAAAAGCUCCAUACUUCUGGAGUGACUUCAGAGAUGCUUUCAGCUUGCAGUGCUUAGCAUCUUUUCUGUUUCUCUACUGCGCCUGUAUGUCUCCUGUCAUCACAUUUGGAGGACUGCUAGGAGAAGCAACUGAAGGGCGAAUAAGUGCAAUCGAAUCUCUCUUUGGAGCGUCCAUGACUGGGAUAGCCUAUUCUCUGUUUGGUGGACAGCCUCUUACCAUAUUAGGCAGUACAGGACCAGUUUUGGUGUUUGAAAAGAUUUUGUUUAAAUUUUGCAAAGAAUAUGGGCUGUCAUACCUAUCUUUAAGAGCUAGUAUUGGACUUUGGACUGCAACCCUGUGUAUCAUACUUGUGGCCACUGAUGCAAGCUCCCUUGUCUGCUAUAUCACCCGGUUUACUGAAGAAGCUUUUGCUUCUCUUAUUUGCAUCAUUUUCAUUUAUGAGGCCCUGGAGAAGUUGUUUGAACUCAGUGAAGCAUAUCCAAUCAACAUGCAUAAUGAUUUGGAACUGCUGACACAAUAUUCGUGUAACUGUGUGGAACCACAUAAUCCUAGCAAUGAUACAUUGAAGGAAUGGAGGGAGUCCAAUAUUUCUGCCUCUGACAUAAUUUGGGAGAACCUAACUGUGUCGGAAUGCAAAUCAUUGCAUGGGGAGUACGUUGGACGAGCUUGUGGCCACGAGCACCCAUAUGUUCCAGAUGUUCUAUUUUGGUCAGUGAUCCUGUUCUUUUCCACAGUUACUCUGUCAGCCACACUGAAGCAGUUCAAGACUAGCCGCUAUUUUCCAACCAAGGUUCGAUCCAUAGUGAGCGACUUUGCUGUCUUUCUUACGAUUCUGUGUAUGGUUUUAAUUGACUAUACCAUUGGGAUCCCAUCUCCAAAACUACAAGUACCAAGUGUUUUCAAGCCCACAAGAGAUGAUCGUGGCUGGUUUGUUACACCUUUAGGUCCAAAUCCAUGGUGGACAGUAAUAGCUGCUAUUAUUCCAGCUUUACUUUGUACUAUUCUAAUUUUUAUGGACCAACAGAUUACAGCCGUCAUCAUCAACAGAAAAGAGCAUAAGCUAAAGAAAGGUUGUGGGUACCAUCUGGAUCUAUUAAUGGUGGCUGUCAUGCUUGGUGUGUGCUCCAUCAUGGGCCUGCCGUGGUUUGUGGCUGCCACUGUCCUCUCCAUCACUCAUGUCAACAGCCUAAAACUGGAAUCAGAAUGUUCAGCUCCAGGAGAACAACCCAAAUUUCUUGGCAUUCGGGAGCAAAGGGUUACUGGGCUUAUGAUUUUUAUUCUUAUGGGUUCGUCAGUCUUUAUGACCAGUAUUCUGAAGUUUAUUCCUAUGCCAGUGCUAUAUGGAGUGUUCCUUUAUAUGGGUGCUUCAUCGCUAAAAGGAAUUCAGUUCUUCGACAGAAUAAAGCUCUUCUGGAUGCCUGCAAAACAUCAACCAGAUUUUAUAUAUCUAAGGCAUGUACCACUUCGAAAAGUCCAUCUCUUCACAGUUAUUCAGAUGAGUUGCCUUGGCCUUUUGUGGAUAAUCAAAGUUUCAAGAGCUGCUAUUGUCUUUCCCAUGAUGGUGUUAGCUCUGGUAUUUGUAAGAAAGUUGAUGGACUUUCUGUUUACCAAACGGGAACUCAGCUGGUUGGAUGAUUUAAUGCCUGAGAGUAAGAAAAAGAAACUAGAAGAUGCUGAAAAAGAAGAAGAACAAAGUAUGCUAGCUAUGGAAGAUGAGGGCACAGUACAACUCCCAUUGGAAGGGCACUAUAGAGAUGAUCCAUCUGUGAUCAAUAUUUCUGAUGAAAUGUCAAAGACUGCCUUGUGGAGGAACCUUCUGAUUACUGCCGAUAACUCAAAAGAUAAGGAGUCAAGCUUUCCUUCUAAAAGCAUUGAAAGCCGAAAAGAGAAGAAAGCUGACUCAGGGAAAGGUGUUGACAGGGAGACUUGUCUAUGACUUGAUCUU